AUGUAUAACUUUUUGAAAAUUCCCGACGAGGCUCACACUCCAGGAUGUCUUUUUCAACAGUUUAUUCGAUACAGUUUCUAUAAGAUCAAUUUCAGUCCCAAAGGUUACGUUCGCUCGAACGGGUGGUCUCAAGAGGAAAAAAAGAUUGCGUUUCUGCAGAAUCUGAUGGAAGAAAUGGGUCAGAAGUCUGGAAUGUUCGGAAGUGCUGAGGAGCUUUUGGAAAAUCUGAAAAUUUAUGCGGAUUUUCCUGGAAACGAUGAUUCCUUUGACACGAAAUUCGAGGAUUCGGAAGUCAAAAACUAUCCAGAAUCCCAAAAACGUGAUGAGCAACCAACUACAGUAUUCUCUAAGGAUAUUUCGGAAUCUUCUACACCACUCCUGAAUGCUUCAACUGCUCCAGAAACAUCAGAAUCCGAGAAUAUUGAUGAGCAAUUUAUUAAAUCUUCAGAUGCAUCUACUCCUCAGAAAGUAUCAGAAAGAGACGAGGAAAUUCUAGAAUUGAAGAGACAAUUAGCAGAUCAACUGAAAAUCGAGAAGGAAAACGAGGAGCUGAAAUUUGUGAUUUCACACUUGAACGCGAAAAUUGCUCAGCUGAAUGAUGAAAAAUCGAAUAAGGAAGAGAACUAUCGACAAAAGAUGAAUCGUCAAUUCAGACAUGACUGA